AUGUUUUCUAGCGUCCUGAAACCAUUAGCUGUCGCAGGUUGGGUCUUUACUUCUGUCGUGCCAACCGUCUCAGGAGGUCCCACUUCGCCGUUUGAUAUCUUUCCUAGAACCCCUGCAGCAGGUGUCGACGUGAAGACUCUUGCGCCACAGCUCUCUGCCAACGCCAAGAUCUACCUCCCGGGCACCAAAGAGUUCGCUACCUACACAACCCGUUGGUCAAACUUAGAGGCUCCCACACCGAAUAUCGUAGUUGCCCCAGGCACUGAGAAGGAUGUUCAAAAGAUCGUCAAGUUUGCGAAUGACAAUAACAUUCCUUUCCUUACCUACAACGGCCAUCAUGGAACUCUCACGACCCUGGGAAAGAUGGACUAUGGUAUUGAGAUCUAUCUGCCUCAAUUGAACUCCAUCUCAAUCGCCAAGGACGGAAAGUCGGUGACCUUGGGUGGUGGCGUCAACUCAAAGAAGGUGACGGAUGCUCUUUGGGCUGCCGGAAAGCAGACGGUCACUGGAACUUGCGAAUGCGUUAGCUACUUGGGACCAGCCCUUGGCGGCGGUCACGGGUGGCUUCAGGGUCACCAUGGCCUGGUAACUGAUCAGCUUCAGUCCAUGAAUGUGGUUCUCGCGGACGGAAGUUUAAAGACGAUCGAUAGUAACUCAGACUUGUGGUGGGGUAUGCAGGGUGCUGGCCACAACUUUGGUAUUGUCACAUCUGUCACCACCAAGGUUUACGACAUUGAACACACCAAUUGGGCAAUUGAGACCAUCGUUUUCAGCGGAGACAAAGUCGAGGAGGUCUACGAUGCUGCCAACAAGUACAUUCUGCAAGAUGGAAAGCAGGCCGCGGACAUCAUCAACUGGUCUUACUGGUUGAAUGAUGCAACACUCGAUGCUAAGAGGCCUGUGAUCAUCAUGUACAUCAUUCAAGAGGGUGUUACCGCCGUUGAUGCCAAGUACACCACCCCCUUCCACGACAUCGGUCCUCUCGCCACCACACCUCAGUCCGGUACCUACAAAGAUCUUGCAAGCUGGACUGGUAUCGCCCUUGAUUCACCGCCCUGCCAGGACUUUGGCUUCAACAACCCUCGCUUCCCCAUCUACACAUCUACCUACAACAUCACCUCGCAGCGAACGGCCUACGAUCUCUACGCCUCAGCCAUCUCUGGUUCCGAUAACCCAUACUACAACUCUAUCUUCAUGUUUGAGGAUUAUUCCAGCGGUGGCGUCCGUGACCGCACCAACGAUGCUACCGCAUUUGGCUUCCGCAACGAUCACAUUCUCGCGGCGCCGCUCGUUAUCUAUAACUCCACUGGCCAAGUACAAGAUGAUGCGGUCAAGAAGCUCGGCACUCAACUGCGUGACAUUAUUCGUGAGGGUACAGGGUCUGAGGAGCUACAUACUUAUGUAAACUAUGCUUAUGGUAACGAGGGACCACAGAGCUGGUAUGGUUACGAGAGCUGGAGGCAAGAUAAGCUCAAGGCGCUUAAGCAGAAGUAUGAUCCUAAGGGCAAGUUCAGCUUCUACGCACCUAUCGCGUAG